AUGUGUCUAUUCGCCGUCCUGCGUUUCUCCUGCGGUCACACCACCCUCAAUUUCGUUCGGUGCACGACUCCUCGAGUCUGCACACGUGGAGAGGAGGCCCGUUACUCCACCGAGUCCCGUUGCCUCGAGUGCUGGGAGGGACAGUGGACGGCCCACAGCGCCGCGCUCUCCACCACGCAGACCGUCUCCGAGGCUGCCCUCACGGAACGCACCGGCGCCAAGUGGGUGAUCAAGACGGCGGCGGCACACGCGCGGGCGGAGUGUGCUCGGCGGCUCGGGCGGCCGCCCCCUGCAGAGCAGGAGCAGAAGCAGAAGCAGGUGUGGCGGCCAGGCCGGGGCAAGGAGGCUCAGAAGGAGGCUCAGAAGGAGCGUGCGGGGAUGAUGAUGAUGAUCGCGGAGGGUGGUGGUGGUGGUGGUGGUGGUAUCGGGCCGUGGGUCUGCUGGCGGGCCAGCGGGGGUCGCGUCUUUGCCGGCUGCGCCAAGGUGGACGAGGAGAAGGAGGAGAGGGAGGAUGAGGAGGAGGAGAUGACGGUGGUCGGGUCGGGGGAGGGCAUGUCCCCCAUCAUCAACUCCCCUGAGGCAGGUAGCUCGGAGGACGGGGGCUGGGAUUCGGACACGACGGUGUGUGGGGACGAAGAGCGGCCGGGCUUUGAGGAGUAUCCGGUGCCGGGCGUGGAGGAGGCGGAUUUGGACGAACCGCUCGGGGUACCCUUCGAAGAGAUGAUGGACGAAAUCGUCCAUGGUGCCCCGGGGGAAGUCGUGGAAGAAGUCCCGGGGCAAAACCCGGAGGAGGAGCGCCUCGGGGAGGGCGUUGGAGAUGGCCCGUUGGAAAACCAAAGCCACUUCGAGGACUGCCUCGAAGAGGUUUUCCGCGCGCGCCUCUUCAAUUGGGUUGCCAGAGAGAGGCUCUACGGACGGCUUUAA